AUGGCGCAAUCAGAUCCGAGCCACACCGUCCCCCAGGACCUGAUGCCGCACGUCCACCUGGUCUCGUCCUAUCGAUAUCCGACAAUGCCUCGCAUCGACAUGAACGAGGUCGCCAAGUGGCUCAUGACUGCCCCCCAGAUUGCCAGGGACCGCGCUCCGUUCUUCUGGACAUACCUCGAUAAACCUGCCGAUGGUACAAUCCUGCUGACCUGGCAGCCUCUUCAGCGACUGGGAACAAACUUCGCGACUGACGGUUUCGUUUGGGCGCCGCCGGAGCAAGUCUACAAGCAUGACUUGGGCAAUGGAUUGAUUCUGGAGAUUUACUACCUCAAGGCUGGAUACAUACCUGGCGAACAGUUUGCGCUCCACACGCGACGACGAUUCCGACUGGUGCCUGCUCCAGGUCAUCCCAACCCUCCUCAGCUUGACGUGAGCCUCUUCAUCGUCCACUACGGUCCCUCGGAACAGAAUGAUCGCAUUCCAGCAAGCAUGGUUCCCUACGAUGAUCGCGUCACAACCAUCAUGCAACAGCGGCAUUUCCUCCUUCGGGGUGGCCAGAUCCGACGAAAGGAAUUCAUGCUUUCCGAUCAUGCCAACUGGCCUUCGCUCCCCGAGCUGACUCGGCAGCAAAUGGGCCCUCAAAUGGCACCUAGAGGAGUUCCUCAGCAAAUGGCAUACCCUCCUCAACCUGCACCCGGGCCCCCUAGUAAGCGCGCGAGACAUUCACAAAGUCACAGCCAGCAGCAGCAGCAGCAGCAGCAUCUACAGCAACAACAACAACAGCCGCCUGUCAUGCCGGGGAUGAAUCCUCUGGAUUCCGCGUUUGAUGACGAUGAGGAUAUCUCAAGGGGCGACAUGUUUGAUCAUUUAACGCCCAGGGAAAUCUCCCUGCUGCGCUACCAGCAGAACCACGAGUGGAUGGAAGAGAUUCUCUCGUCAGCCUACAGGAUAGGUCAGAUUCAGCCAUCCGACCUGAACCUCGGGCUCAAGGGAGAGCUGGCCUCCCUGACCGAGGGCAUCUUUACUGCCCAAGCAGGCGACGUGUUUGCCCAGCCACCGGAAAAACCAUAUGUUGGUCGUCUGGACUCGGGAUUGGCAGACGAAUUUCGAAAACGAGUGAGCAAGCAUGUCGAGUCCACCGAGGCGGAAAUCGAGAGGCUGCGAGAGGAGCACGCUGAGCUCGUGGCAUCCCUCAAGCAGAACUCGGCUCUGAAAGUCAAGGAGAAGCAAAUUCGCUCCAUACCCGACCCUCCCGUCCCCGAGGUAUUCAAUGCCGAGCUUGGCCUGGACGGCGCGGAAGAGCAGCGGGCCCCGGCACCGCAGCCAGUGAAGACGCCGUUUGAUGACAUCCUCAAAGAAGUAGAGGCAGCUACAGGACGCAAGGUCGACAUUCACCCCGUCAUCAAGAGAGUUCAGGACGGCGGGUACCAAGCGCCGGCCCCUAAGCCGCCUACUCCUGUCCCGACGACUCAAAUGUCCCGGCAGCCGUCGCAUUCGGGAUCGCAGAACAGCGGUCUGAUGAUGGGUGAUUCCGACAUGGACAUGGGAGGCACCGCAGCAGGCCUACUGGACCAGAUGCACACGGGAUUCUCGUCCACGUCAACACCGGUCAACAACUUCCCGACGCCUCAGGCGCAGGCGUCCGCAGCGCAGUCGAAUGCGCCAACGCCAUCCAACGCUCACAACGUCGCCUCGCCGGCACCAGCUCUUCCGACGGUACAAGAGGCACGCACGGGGCCAGUGCAGCACUCUCACCCAGAACCAGCAGGCGACGUUGCCAUGUCCGGGACAGAGUCCCACGCCAGGGCGCCGGCCGAGACUGCAGCAGACCAAGGAACCGACAGUGGUGACUGGGUUGUGGUCCCCAAGGGCGGUGCCUCUCCAGAGGUCAACGCCCCGUCAUCUGUCGUGCCGGCUGCUGCAGUCGAAGCAAGCGGCGGACAGGCCGAGCAGCAAAAGCCGGUCCCGAUUCCCACGAAACCCAUGUCCGCGGCUGCCACUCCCGCAGUCACGGAUGGUGGCUCCGCCUCGUUCGAUCAAAACGACUUCAGCUCACUAGGUGACUUGGACACCGCGGGCGAUGCCAUGGCGGGCUACGACGCCCCCGGUCUGGAUGGCACAGCUGGAGCGCUCGGCGAGGACUUGGACCUGCAGAUGGACAUGGAUGACUCCGCGUUUGGUGAUGCUUUCCACGUAGACUCCUCGGGCACACCGGGCGAUGCUCACAACCAGGACAUGUAG